UUCACUUUCAAAGCUAAACGAAAACACUACAAAGACGCUGCAGCGUUCGCAUCUCGGUGUCUAUAUAAUCACACAAUUAUUCACUAUUCUGCACUUUUCCUUGAUUGGACCGCAGCGACCAUGUCUACUACGAAGCGUAUUACUAUGCCACGACGUACACAGGAAUUCGAUAUACCGGCCCCACAAUCAUCGGUGAAAAAGCCACAAUCUCGAGUAAGCCGAAUUGCACAACCUGUACGUAAAUCCAGCAAACUUUCCGGUUUGGGACAGUUUGGCGAAAAUGGUCGAUCCCGAUCGGUAGAACGCGGGCUUAAUGUGCCACCUGUGGGAGGACCGUCAACAGCCACGAAAAAAUCCCUUAACCCUCGCAGCAGCAGUGCUACACCACAAUUGCGGACGCCGUUGCGAAACAUGGGUCAUAGUGUGCUGAAUGCAGAAAAUAUCCCACCCUUCUCAAUUCCUUCCACGAUAGAACGUGAACGCUGCCCGGUAGAUGCGCGCCAAGUAUUCGACUACCUGGCACAGGCGAACGUGCCCGACCUGCCGAAGGAGUUUAUCGAACGUGCCAACAUAAAGGCGAUGUCGAUGAAACAGUUUCUCAUCAUCAUUGCCCACCUGUUGCGGCAGAUAGGUGGCAGUCGGUAUAAAAUCGGGGCCAACUUCAUCGACGACAUUAUGAAAGCCAUCACAGAACUGCAGUGUCCGUUUACGGUGAACAAAUCGAUGCUGAAAACACCGAGUGCACCACACUCAAUUCAUCAGGUGGUGACGAUGCUUUCCUGGCUGAUACAGCUUGCCGCUCCACCAGCACUAUCGUCCGAGUGGGCACCAAACUAUGAUCAUGCUGCCGAAUUUCCAUCCCCGGACUAUACGCAGUUUUUCUUUCAAUCAGCCAUCGAAAGCUUCCAUCUGUGGAAUCUGAAGCGCGAGGAGGAAUUUGGCGCACAGGUGGAAGCGAUGGUCGACCGGUUGGUGGCGGACAAAACGGGUGGAUUGUCACAGGAACAGGUGCGUGUUAGGACGGAGGAAAUCUGGAAACAGCUGGAAGCCAUCGAUGCUGAUCGGUCGCAGGGAAAAACGCGCGAACAAAGCUUUGACGGCGUGCAACGGGAAGUGCUGGAAAAUCAACGUCUCGUAAAGCAGCUAUCGGAGGAAACAAAACGAUUAUCGAAACAGUACGAGCGUCUCGAACAGGAAUACUAUCAGCGACAGGAUCAGUACUAUGAUUGCGAGAACGCCAUCCAAAAAGUGAAGGAACAGCUGGCGAACCAACAGAUGACGACCAAGGAAAGGGACGAUCUGCAGACAUUAAUCGCACACAGCAGAAACCUUAUCGCGGCCAAGCGUAAUGCAAUUGCCUGUCUGGACGAAGAAUCUUCCGAUCAUCAGAUCACCCUGUCGAGGCUGAUCAAGCAAAAGAUUAAUUUGGCCUCUGAGCUGAACUCCAAGCUGUACAACUUUUCCAACGCCGUCAAACCAGACAUUCAAUUUACCCCGAACGAGAUAAGCCUAACGUCCGGUAAUUAUCCCGAACUGGAACAAACGCUGCUGGCACUCGAGCAGGAGCUAACGGAUGUGUUCCGGCAGUAUCGGGAUCUGUAUCUGCGUCUCAGCCAACAGAAAGUACACCUCGAGCAACAGGUUUCCGAUGUACAGUUGAAAAUCUCGCCGCUAGAAUCGAAAAUAGCCAAACAAACCGAAUGGCUUCAACAGCUUCAGCAGCAGCGCGAAACGAUCGCCAGGGAACUUGUUGCUUUAGCGGAACGUGUUAACGAACGCGAAACCAGCCAGCAGCGGGCAAAGAAAUUAGAUCUAAGCAUGGAACAGGUCCGCAAAGAGCUAGAAAGCAAGUUGAAAGCGAUCGAAAAACUAACCCACGAUAAGCAGCAACUAAUGGAAGAGGGACUAGAACGGUGCCGGCAAGCGCUCGAUGAAAGACAGCGAAAGCUGACCAUUCUACGCCAGCACGUUGAAAGCUGCGAAACCAUCAUGAAGGAGCUAAUGGAUGUUUGCUUCAGGGAUACAGAGAGGCAAAACAUAUCCGAUUAG